CUUCCGCUGCCAACAUUGAACUAGCUAAGCAUAAAAAAUGAUAUCUGAAAAGGGACGUAAACAUCAAGCGACGUACAUUUUUGUCUGUCCAUGAAUGUUUAAUAUAUGUUGAAAUGGAGAAACCCGGUUUUGUUUUAUUUAAAGGACUAUAUGUUCACGGCGGUAGGAUAUUUCUCCUAAAAUCCUAGCCUGGUCUACAUUAUUUUUUCCUCUGUUGGAAGCCAUGAUGGGAGCUUGAGAGUUCAGCUGGAGAGAGAAACGAGAAGAUAAAAUGAUUCCCCGGGACCUAACUGUCAAACGAAUCUGUGCAUAUAAUUGAUCUUUGUAUAGCCAUUAUACAGUGAAGGUGGAGCCUGUCAGAUUUUCAAUGUAUUUCUGCAAUCCAUUGACGACUAUGUUGAUUCGCUAGGAGGGUUUUGGAUCAAAAAGCUAGCUAGCUAGUUAGCUAGCACUAGCUAGCUAAUUACGUCUGAGUGGCUACUGCCUGCGAGGGUUGUCUUGCUUAAAUUCUUCUAGCGCUGGAGAGUUUUCUUUCCUUGCUGUCAAUCACGUUGGCUGCUAUUAAGCCAGGGGCCUGGACCGUGUCUGGUAUCUUACCGUUCGGCGGGAGCAGACUGGAUGCUUUUUCUUUGGAGGACCUGCAAGACAAAUUCCAGGAUUGGAAAGUCGGGCCUGCACAGAGGAGCAGAGCAAGGCCCGUCUUUAUGAUCCAGAAGAAGAAGCCAUUCUAAUCCUACUCACAACGACAACCACUGCUAGCUAGGCUAGCUAGCAGCUUGUCUGUCAGUGCGUGGAAGGGGCUGUCAAAAUCAAGAGAGCAAAGGGCGAUUGAGAGACAAAGUCAUUGUCAGCGAAAGCAAGAUUUCUUUUAAUAAUUUUAAAACCAUAGACUCCUGUCACUACAAUGGCUGCGAUUAUAAAAGAAAUGGUCAGUCGGAACAAAAGGAGAUAUCAGGAGGAUGGGUUCGACUUGGACUUAACAUAUAUCUAUCCCAAUAUAAUUGCAAUGGGCUUUCCUGCAGAGAGACUUGAAGGAGUAUACAGAAACAAUAUAGAUGAUGUUGUACGGUUUCUUGACUUAAAACAUAAAAACCAUUACAAAAUCUACAACCUCUGCGCAGAAAGACACUACGAUGCUGCCAAAUUUAACUGCAGAGUUGCACAGUACCCCUUUGAAGACCACAACCCCCCUCAGCUGGAGCUCAUCAAGCCGUUCUGUGAAGACCUCGACCAAUGGCUGAGCGAGGACGACAAUCAUGUGGCCGCCAUCCACUGCAAGGCAGGGAAGGGGCGCACGGGCGUCAUGAUCUGCGCCUACCUGCUGCACCGCCGCAAGUUCCUGAAGGCUCAGGAAGCCCUCGACUUCUACGGGGAAGUCAGGACAAGGGACAAGAAGGGAGUGACCAUCCCUAGCCAGCGUCGCUACGUCUACUACUACAGCUACCUUCUGAAGAACCAGCUGGAGUACAAGCCCGUGGCACUCCUCUUCCACAAAAUGGUGUUCGAGACGCUGCCCAUGUUCAGUGGAGGCACCUGCAGGGACAGUACCGUUAAAAACAGGAGCGAGCCAACCCCUCAGGGCUUCAAGAAAGGGAAUUGGCAUUGGGACCCCCAGUUUGUGGUGUACCAGCUGAAAGUCAAGAUUCACACGUCCAACCCGGCUCACACACGGCGCGAGGACAAGCACAUGCUCUUCGAGUUCCCCCAGCCACUGCCAGUGUGUGGAGACAUCAAAGUCGAGUUCUUUCACAAGCAGAACAAAAUGAUGAAGAAGGACAAGAUGUUUCAUUUCUGGGUGAACACCUACUUCAUCCCCGGACCAUCCCUGGAGGACAUCGGGGAGAAGGUGGAGAACGGGUCUGUGGUGAACGACGUGGACCCCCUGGCCACUCCGCCUCAGCCCCCGCCGCCGCCGCCGCCGCCUUCCUCCCAGGGCCAGUGGCCCCGAGCUCCCCCUGAGCGCAUGGACAGCGACAGGGACUACCUCAUCCUGGCCCUCACAAAGAACGACCUGGACAAGGCCAACAAAGAUAAAGCCAACCGCUACUUUUCCCCCAACUUCAAGGUGAAGCUCUAUUUUACAAAAACCGUGGAAGAGCCUUCGAAUUCCGAGGCAAGCACUUCGACAUCCGUCACUCCCGACGCUAGCGACAAUGAACCGGAUCAUUAUCGAUAUUCCGACACCACUGACUCUGAUCCGGAAAACGAACCUUUUGACGAGGAGCAGCAUACACAGAUCACGAAAGUGUGAAACUCUUUUUAACAGCAAAGGAAAAGAUACACCAGAGAAAAACAAGGAGAAAACUUGAAUAUGAACUCAAAGAAGAACCUUUUGUCCUUUCCCUCCCCCCCAACGGCAAUAGAGUAUCAUCAUGUCGAAUGCCAAUUUUAGGAGAAAAAGAUUAAUAUCCUGACCAAUAUAUAGUUUUUAAUAUUCUUUUCUUUGGCACGGACGUUUACCAUGUGCGAGGUAUUGACACUGUUGCGCCGUGGGAAAAGGUGCUGUAGCUGUACAAUGUGUGCAUGUAUAUACAUAUGUAUGUGUAUAUAUAAAUAUAUAUAUAUAUAUAUAUAUAUAUACACACACAUAUAUAUGUAUAUAUAUAUAUACAUGCGUAAACAAACUUUUUUGUGUCAAAGACAAUGGAAAGAGUAACACAAUCAGGAGAUGAGGAGUUGACACGUGGGAGAAGUUAGCUAGAAUGAUAUAGGACUAUGCUGCUCCUUCUCCUGUUGAAACCAAGGCCAGUGCUGCAGUCACUUUGUUUCUCUCCCCCCCUCCCCCCUCUUCUCCUCUUUCCUCUUCUGUCCCUCCAUCCACCUCUCCUCCUCCCCUCAUCCUCCUUUACUGUGAAUGCUUCUUGUGCUCUUUGCAGGCUGUCCCACGCAACUUUUUGCAGUGAAAACUGCAUGCAGGCAGUGGUCGGGGGAGGGCAGGGGUUAUGAAGAGGCUGUGAUGUCUAAAGCAUUGCCAUUCCUUUUCCCACUGUGUAUAUGUUAAAUUAUGCAGAACAAGGCAUCCCAUGUAAUUGUCAAUGUUUUUUUUUUGUUUUUUUUAUCCUAAGAUAAUAAAAAUAUAAUACACGAAAAA